UGCGCCUAUAAAGCCGCUGCAGCGCCGCGGCUGCAGGAACCUUCAGGCUGGAGCCGCAGUGGGAGAACCAGAGGAUCUGAGAGGAUCUGAGAGGAUCUGAGAGGAUCUGAGAGGAUCUGAGGAGAUCUGAGGAGAUCUGGGUCUGCGGAGGAAACGCGUGGUGGAGCUCCAGUCUGACUGCGGACCCGAACCGCGCUGCGCUGCGCUGCCGCAGGUGGAUGCUGGGAAGUGGACCGCUCGGAGGAGAUGUUCCCCCUGGCCCAGUUCGGGGUCCUGUCGGCCCUGGCCACCGCGCUCACCUCGGUGCUGUCGGCGCUGCUGCUGCUGGUUCUGACCCGGCAGCUGUGGAGCCUCCGCUGGAGCCUGACCCGGGACCCGAACAGCAGCCUGCCGCUGCCGCGGGGCUCCAUGGGCUGGCCGCUGGUCGGAGAGACCUUCCACUGGCUCUUCCAGGGCUCCAACUUCCACAUCUCUCGGCGGAAACGCCAUGGCAACGUGUUUAAGACCCACCUGCUGGGGAAGCCCCUCAUCCGGGUGACGGGCGCCGAAAACAUCCGCAAGAUCCUGCUGGGGGAACACAGCCUGGUGUGCACCCAGUGGCCCCAGAGCACCCGCAUCAUCCUGGGGCCAAACACCCUGGUCAACUCUGUGGGGGACAUCCACCGCAGGAAGAGGAAGAUCCUGGCCAAGGUGUUCAGCCGGGCGGCGCUGGAGUCCUACCUGCCGCGGCUGCAGGACGUCAUCAAGGCGGAGAUCGCCAAGUGGGUCUCUGACCCGGGGUCCGUCGACGUGUACGCCGCCGCCAAGUCUCUGACGUUCCGCAUCGCCGUGCGGGUUCUGCUGGGCCUGCAGAUGGAGGAGGAGAGGAUCGUCUACCUGGCCACGACCUUCGAGCAGCUCAUGAACAACCUGUUCUCGCUCCCCAUCGACACGCCGUUCAGCGGCCUGCGCAAGGGCAUCAAGGCCAGAGAAAUCCUUCACGCCAACAUGGCGAAAAUCAUCGAGGAGAAGAUGGAGCGGCAGCAGCUGGACGACGACUACCAGGACGCCUUCGACCUCAUGCUGUCCGUUGCCAAGGAGCAGCAGGAGCUCAGCAUCCAGGAGCUCAAGGAAACAGCCGUGGAGCUGAUCUUCGCUGCCCACUCCACCACGGCCAGCGCCUCCACCUCCCUGGUUCUGCAGCUGCUGCGUCACCCGGCUGUGGUGGACAAGGCCAGAGAGGAGCUGGAGGCCGAGGGUCUGGGAUGUCAGCCGGAGCGGAACCGCAACCCGGCGGACGGUGCGCCGGAGACCGAGCCGGACGGCGGCUGUCCUGGGUCUCAUGUCCCGUAUCUGAGUCUGGAGAAGCUGAGCCAGCUCCGCUACAUCGACUGCGUGGUGAAGGAGGUGCUCCGCUUCCUGCCGCCGGUCUCCGGGGGAUACCGGACCGCCCUGCAGACCUUCGAACUGGACGGUUACCAGAUCCCUAAAGGCUGGAGUGUGAUGUACAGCAUCCGGGACACCCACGAGACGGCGGCGAUCUUCCAGAGUCCGGAGCUGUUCGACCCGGAGCGGUUCGGCCCGGAGCGGGACGAGUGGCGCUCGUCUCGGUUCAGCUACGUUCCGUUCGGCGGCGGCGUGCGCAGCUGCGUGGGGAAGGAGCUGGCGCACAUCAUCCUGAAGACUCUGGCCGUGGAGCUGAUCGGGACGUGCAAAUGGACCCUGGCUUCAGAGGAGUUCCCCAAAAUGCAAACGGUACCGAUCGUUCACCCGGUGAACGGGUUGCACGUUCGAUUCUCCUACAGCGACCCGCUGCAGACGCAACAGAACUGAGACUUUACACUACAAACUCUGAGCAACGGAUCAGAACCUCACCACCGGGCCAUCCUGCAGCACUUCAGCAUCACCAUCAUCUCCAAAUGCAUCUAAUUAUUUGUGUUGCCUUUAUCCUGCAGACGUCGCUUCGUUGGACUGAAAGAACAUAAGCUAAGGUUUCUGUUCAGAAACCAACAGAUCUCUCCGUCUUGUUCCUUUUUUACUGUCUGUAAAUGAGAUUUAAGUUAUUUCAUUUCAAAAUAAGCCAUCAGAGCUAAAGUUCUGCUGCUUCUCUAACUUCUACAUCACUGUGAACCAGUUCAUCUGAACCUUCAGAGUAUUUCACCUCAGAUUUUAGCUUGGUUCUGGUUUUGGGUGAGUUUUCUUCUUCUACUUCAUCUGGUUCGAUGUGCCUUUGAGCAAGGUGUCGGAUCUGGAGGACCGGAUCUGAACAGGAGUCACUUCUCAUCACAGCCUGAAAGGUUCAGAAAAACUGGAGUUUUAAGAGACAUUUUCUGGAGCCACUGAACCAAACUCCAGCUCAGAAAACAUUCAAAAUGUCCUCUUCUUUUUUACAUGAAUGUUUCAUAGAUCUGUGUCUGUUGUGCUAAAUGAAGUAGUGUUCUGAAUAAUAAGCUGUAUUUAAACGCAGAUGGGCCUCAUCUGCAGUAGAGACACUAACCUGUAAUGUAAGCCUGUUUUCUCCUUUAGGAUCUUAGAGUCUGCUGGUUCUGAUGUCGUUGCAGGACCGUUAGCCUGCUAGCGGCGCUGUGAAAUGUUAGCUGCAGAUAGAUUUAUGGAAGAAGAUAGCACUUUCUCCACUUUAAGAGUCUGUAUAUACUGUUGUUCACUGACAGGAUCAGCUGUAGCUGCUGUACAGUCGAUUUAAACUAGACUUAAACAAA